AUGGACCAUUUUUCCCUACACUCUCCCGGGUUUGUUAACCUGUUAGCCUCACAGAGCAGUCCACCACUAGACGUAGAAUCUGCUGAGGCACCUGUUACCUCUCCCGGGUUAGUUAAACCAGUGGAAAUGAGAAAGUGGUCAACCAAAGAAGACAUUGUGCUGAUCAGUGCUUGGUUGAACACCAGCAAGGAUCCCAUUGUCAGUAAUGAACAGAAGUUAGGAUCCUUUUGGAAGAGGAUAAGGGAGUAUUUCAAUUCGAGUCCUCACCUCGUUGGCUCCCUUCCAAGACACUGGAGUCAAUGUAAGCAGAGGUGGGGAAGGGUGAAUGCGGAGGUCUGCAGGUUUGUGGGAUGCCAUGAAAGUGCGUUGAAGGAGCAAUCGAGUGGCCAAACAGAGAAUGAUGUCAUGAAGGCUGCGCAUGACAUCUUCUUCAAUGACUAUAAUGUCAAGUUCACUCUUGAACAUUGCUGGAGGGAACUUCGGUUCGAUCAGAAAUGGAAAUCACACACUCAGCCGAAGGAGAAAAGUAAGGAAGGUGGUCCGCAAGUGGUGGCUGACGAGGAAGAGGUUAGGCCUCCGGGUGUUAAAGCUAGCAAAGCUGCCAAACGCAAGAAGCCAAACGAAGCAGCUUUUGAUCGGAUACAAACCAUCCUACCUCAGAAAAACACACUUUCUGAUCAUGAAUGUAUUAGCUUGUUUUUGUUUAUUCAAUCUGUUUUCCUUUCUUUGAGUAGUAGCAGUGUAUUUGGUCACGGGUUGGAAGGCCAGGGUGUUGCAGGUCACGGGUUGGAAGGUUGCGGGGUGUUGCAGGACUUGAUGUCUUUUGCUGUUGAUUCACGGAUGUAA